AUGGAGGAGCACGACAAGAAGUACAACCCGCAGAAGAAGCGGGUGCGCGAGGAUGCGGGCGCAGAUGAGUCGGAGGAGUCUGCGGCUAAGCGGAUCAAGCUCGUGGAGCACGAGGAGCCCCUCACGAGCAAGGACAUCGCCGAACUCCAGAAUCCGUCGGUUCUGAACGUGAGCGGCACUGUUCGCUUCAUCCACGAGAUGGAAAGUGGUGACAAGAUCUGGGCGGAGGUGGACGAGGCGACGACCUUCCUUUCCGGCAAGUUGAUUGCAAGCUUUGGCAGCGGCACCUUCAUGGAUGGCAAAGAUGCCGCGAAGACGCUGGCAGAGAUCGGCAGCGAGGACGACGGCGGGAGACUGUUGAAGUUCCAUUUGGACUUCGACAGCCUGUUGAUCUUGGAGAAGAAGAAAAUCGCGUCGCACCUCGCGGACCUGCCCUAUCUUGAUAAGCCGACGCCGGUGAAAACGCUUCUCAAAGCCAUGGAGGACCAUGGGGAG